AUGACCCGGUGGUCGCACGCGUUGCGAGGUCGACUUUGGAAAUCGUCGUCCUCUUGGAGAUCCGGCGUACACCAAACGAGAAGACAUCGCCAAAUAUCUUGCGGGAUCGCGCGAUGGGGAACUGUCGUUGCCGUCUUCCAAUCGCGUUUCGUUUUGGUCGCUAGGUCGCAGUGGCGGAGCAUAAUACAUCCGCGCUUAACGCAAAACCGGACCAGGGUAAAGUUUUCGGGUCAGUACAUUAGUUUCGUCGACUGGCGCUUUGUGCAUCGCGCGCGCCUCGACGUGUUCCCCUUAAAUGAAGCUCCUCUUAAACAAUUCUCGUUGAUUGGACGACGGCGGCUGGAGAUGCCGGCGAUGCAGUUAACCCAUUCGGAGACGUUGCCCCACGUAGUCACUCGGCAGUUGCGCCACAACGCAAUUGUCGAGAGACAUGCCGCGGCCUCCAGACUCCUCGGGGAAACACGUGGCAAACAGUACGUCCCGGGUGUCGGCGAGGGCCUCGCGGCUGUGCGUUCCGGGAUUGUCAUGACAUACGAAACUGGCGUCAUUGUGGAUGUGAACGUGCCCCUCGAAAACGACUUCGAGGCACCCAAGAAUGCGAGGCUCGGGAAAAUCGCAAAGUGCCAGCCCCUCGCAGACGAUGCUUGGGUGUGGUUAAAUUGUGCAUGUAGACGGCUCCGUCGUGGUCACCAUGGGUGCCUGGUAUUAUCAUAA